UACUAACAAGGAAAAAAGAGGUACUUUCCCAGAUAUCCUGAAAAAAAAAUAGAAAAUCAAAAAGAGAAAAAAAUGCGGAAGUUUUGUCUAUCCCGAAUAGACCCAUAAACAUCCUAGACCGAAAGCGUGGCGCACCGCGUAAGUAGCAAUGAAAAAUUAGUCGCUUCACCCGUUUACAAAUAGGAUGUGAAAUAAGAAUAAAAAUAAAACUGCCCGUGUCAACGCGUUCAUAGGUGGUAACAAAACGAAAUCCGAGUAUUCAAGAAUCGAGAAUAGAAAAUCAACAGUAUCUUGUCGCCAGUGUCGUGCACACGCAUUUCCACGCCAGUAUCGCUCUUUUUGACACGUAUAUGACAGACGAAAUAAUCAUUUGAAUAAUCUGUGUCUGGAACGUUAUCCGAAACAUCUGUUUUAGUCGUGCCAUGAUGCUGUCUUGUGCGAUAUCUGUGAUAUGGUGCCUCCAGUGGAUCUGUACGCUCUGCUUCCCUGUUGUGAAAUCUAGGAGGCAGCUAGUGUAUGCCCGCUGAAGAACUUCGAUUCCAUUCGAUUGGAACAAAACUUCAGGAAUGGAGGACGUUGAAGACGAAGUUACAUUUCUCCUGAGGUUAAAACCUACCCCAACCCCUCCGAUAAGGAAAAAAAUCAAUAGUUACGAUACAACGUCUAGAAAAUGGGACAUCAUCAUAGAACACCACAGUUCCGAUGUGGAAUCUACAAGUAGCCGUCAUAACUCCCCUGUGUUCUCCAGGCGUGGCCUUCAAGAUGACCAGAGCUUAUCACCAUCGAUGAACCGUCGAAGUCAGCAGAACGAGAUAUAUUCGAACAGUCGGCCACCACCGUUGCCUCCUAGAUGGCAACCUUCUGCACCACCGUCUGAAGACGAAGCUCAUUCUUAUCCUAAACCUCUUUUCGAGCAACAGUGCAGUACGCAGUAUGUGGGAAAGCAGGAUGUUAACUAUUUGAAUUUUCCACCUGCUGAUGCUUGGAUGAGUUCAGGAUACUCUGGUUUUCCGCAAGGUAGCAGUUUUUCUUUGAAACUUUCGUACAAGAUGUGUUCAGAAAAUUGCCAGAUAAUUGUAAUAAUCAAAUUUAGCUGA